UGGGACCAUGAAUUCCGUGGCAGGGAAUAAAGAGCGGAUCGGAGGGGCUCCUCGGAGUAGGAAAUGCGGGGUGAGCGAGGCGUGCUCCCCUCCGAAGCCCUUCUCCCCGGAGAGCUGGUACAGGAAGGCCUACGAGGAGUCCCGCCGCCCUUCCCCCGAGGGCUCCGGCUCAGCCUCCUCGGGCUCCGCGCCGGGCUCCUCCUCCUCCUCGGGCACCCCUUCGCCGGGAUCUGGCACCUCCUCGCCGGGCUCCUUCGCCGGCUCGCCCGGACCCGCCUCCCCGGGGAUCGGCAACAGCUCCCCGGGCUCGUUAGGCGGCUCCCCGGGCUUCGGCACCGGCUCCCCGGGCUCCGGCUCCGGAGGAGGCUCCUCGCCGGGCGUCUGGUGCGAGAACUGCAACGCCCGCUUGGUGGAGCUCAAGAGGCAGGCGCUGAAGCUGCUCAGCCCCGGCUCCCUCUCCGGAAACAAGGACCCAGCAUUCUCUUCAGCAAUUCAUGACAAACUGCAGGUGCCCAAUACCACCAGGAAAGCAUGGAAUGAAAGAGACAACCGGUGUGAUGUUUGUGCCACUCACUUGAACCAAUUGAAGCAGGAGGCUAUUCAGAUGGUAUUGACACUUGAACAGGCUUCUAACACUGAAGACUGUGAUGCCUCGCCUGGCUCCCCUCCUCCUCAUCCCAAUAUUCCCACUGUAGUGGGCUCUCGACAUAUGGGCAGCCUGCAACCCAGGGACUGGGCAUAUAUGUCUGCUCCUUAUGCUACUUCCAGUUACACUGGCUUUCUGCCUAAUAAACUGAGUGGGAAAUCGAACAACAUAGGGAUCAUUAAUGGAGUAGAAAAGAAAAAUGGCUCCUUGGGACACCAAGCAAAGGUCAGUGUGCAGAUGGCCACCAGCCCCAGCAAUGGUAAUAUCCUGAAUUCUGUGGCUAUCCAGGCUCACCAGUACCUAGACGGCACCUGGUCCUUGUCAAGAACUAAUGGCGUUACUCUGUAUCCCUAUCAAAUUUCACAGUUGAUAACUGAGACGGGCCGAGAGGGACUAAGUGAAGCUGUGCUGAACCGCUACAAUGCAGAUAAGCCUUCCUUGUGUAGCAUCCCUGCCUCCCAAAGCACCUGUGUUGCCAGUAACCCAUCAACAGGCACCUCAGUGGCAGCUUCCUUUUUUGCCAGAGCUGCUCAGAAGUUGAACCUAUCAUCCAAAAAGAAGAAACACAGGCCUUCUACAUCCUCUGUUUCUGAAUCUCAUCUUUUUGCUACAAAGUUCAGUAUGAUUUUACAGACUUCUCCUCCACCAGCUCCACCAUGUUUGCUGAGAGCAGUCAACAAAGUAAAAGACACUCCUGGUUUGGGCAAGGUGAAAGUCAUGGUACGGAUUUGUUCUACCCUGGCCAGAGACUCCUCUGAAUCCAGCUCCUUCCUAAAGGUUGAUCCUCGUAAGAAGCAGAUUACUCUCUAUGACCCCUUGUCCUGUGGGAGCCAGAACGCCUUCCAAAAAAGGAGCAGCCAAGUGCCACCCAAGAUGUUUGCAUUUGAUGCUGUUUUCCCUCAAGAUGCCUCUCAGGCUGAGGUAUGUGCAGGAACAGUAGCAGAAGUGAUCCAGUCUGUGGUGAAUGGGGCAGAUGGAUGUGUAUUUUGCUUUGGGCAUGCCAAACUAGGAAAAUCUUAUACCAUGAUUGGAAAAGAUGAUUCCAUGCAGAAUCUUGGCAUAAUCCCUUGUGCCAUCUCCUGGCUUUUCAAGCUGAUUAAUGAACGGAAAGAGAAAACAGGAGCCCGUUUUUCAGUCCGAAUCUCCGCAGUAGAAGUGUGGGGUAGAGAAGAAAAUUUGAGAGACUUGCUCUCAGAAGUGGCAACAGGCAGCUUACAAGAUGGCCAGUCUCCAGGUGUCUACCUUUGUGAGGAUCCAAUAUGUGGCAUGCAGCUUCAGAAUCAAAGUGAGCUGAGAGCCCCCACAGCAGAGAAAGCUGCUUUCUUCCUUGAUGCAGCAAUUGCCUCCCGUCGAAGCAAUCAGCGGGAUUGCCGGGAGGAAGAUCACAAGAAUUCUCACAUGCUCUUCACUCUGCACAUCUAUCAGUACCGAAUGGAGAAGAGUGGUAAAGGGGGAAUGUCAGGAGGCCGUAGCCGCUUACACCUCAUUGACCUGGGGAGCUGUGUUAAACCUCUUAGCAAAAACCGAGAAGGAGGUUCUGGGCUUUGUCUUUCAUUGUCUGCAUUGGGCAAUGUCAUCCUUGCCCUAGUCAAUGGGAGCAAACAUAUUCCAUACAAAGACAGCAAGCUGACCAUGUUGCUCCGGGAGUCCCUUGGGAACAUGAAUUGCCGUACCACCAUGAUAGCUCACAUUUCGGCAGCUGCGGGCAACUAUGCUGAAACACUUUCCACCAUCCAGAUUGCAUCUAGGGUCUUAAGAAUGAAGAAAAAGAAAACCAAGUAUACCUCCAGCUCUUUGGAGGAGAAGCUCUGUGAAUGAAGAAGGGAGAAGCGGAGGCCGACCCAGCUAAGACCUUUCCAUUCUCGGAAUGCCGUUGAUCCAGACUUCCCCAUUCUUCACCUGUCCAGUGAUCCAGAUUAUUCUUCUAGCAGUGAACAGUCAUGUGAUACUGUCAUUGUUGGCCCUAAUGGCACCGCUCUAUCAGACAAAGAGCUGACAGAUAAUGAAGGUCCCCAUUUUGUCCCUAUCGUUCCUGCCCUUCAGAAGACCAGAAAUGAAAGCAAGCUGGAGGAAUUGAGCGAACACCCCCCAGUAGCUCUGAAAGAGGACUGCUUGGAGUGCAAUACACUUUGCGGAGCUCCAGGAGAGAGGUUAGACUGCAUUGAUGGCAGUGAGAGAUACGACCAUUUUCCUUUUGAGGAGUUGCCUGUUCAGUUUAGCUCAGACCAAGCAACCAAAUGCCCUUUGUCAAGCCAAUGCCCGAAUUCAAGAAUGCACUUAGAGACAGAGAGGGAAGAAGGCUUCCAAGAGCCUGAAAAGACUUGCGGAAAACCUAAACACCAACGUCCAACACGAAUUCCGGGAGGCCACUCGCCUGUUCACACUGGGAUGGUUAAUGAAGUUUCACUCCUCCUUCUCCCAGGAGGUAACAGGCAGCCCUAGUAGCCAGAUGAACUCUUCCAGCAGUCUCAGUGCACCGACCUGCAAAGCAGCCGUGAAAGUCUUAACUCCUGUGGCUUUGUAGAAACCAAACCUCGGUCCGCUGGUUCCCCACGGCUUGGCAUUGCAAGCCUUUCCAAGACAUCUGAAUAUACAGCCACCACAUCUCCUUCUCAGAGGUGCAAAGUUUACACCCAGAAGGGGGUAUGGUAUUGCCCAAUCGCAACCUCCACCCAUAUCACUUAGCAAAGAUUCAGGAUUGUGUGUCUAGUGAGUCCUGAUGCAGCCAGAUUUCGCACUCCUCCCAUUGGAAUGAGCCCUCAGCUCAUGAAAAAGUCACUAUCUUCAGCCGUGGGGACUAUGGAGAGACAAUGGAUAGUUGUAGACCAGCAACAACAGUCUUUUUCGCCCAGAGAAAAAAAGGAGAUUUUGAGUACCACAAUGGUCACAGUACAGCAGCCAUUAGAACUGAAUGGAGAGGAUGAGCUGGUAUUCACCCUGGUUGAAGAACUGACCAUUAGUGGAGUUCUUGAGAAUGGACGUCCAACAAGUAUCAUCAGCUUUAACAGUGAUUGUUCUGUGCAGGCUUUGGCCUCUGGGUCUCGGCCAGUUAGCAUUAUCAGCAGUAUUAGUGAAGACCUUGAAUGCUAUGCCAGCACAGCUCCUGUCUCAGAGGUCAGCAUUACCCAGUUUCUCCCUCUUCCACAAAUGGGGCUAGGUAACAAAGCUGAAGAGGCUGAAAGUAGACGCUCAUCUAUCAGCUCCUGGCUGAGUGAAAUGAGCACUGGUAGUGAUGGUGAACAAUCGUGCCAUAGCUUCAUAGCACAAGCAUGCUACGGUCAUGGGGAAGCAAUGGCAGAGGCUCCUAUUCCUGAGCUUUUAAAAGCUGGACAGAAUAAUAGUGCAAUUUGUACAGAUGAGAAGCAGAAGCCAGUGACUGAAGAAAUAUUUCUACUGCCAGAAGUGGUUGAUAAAAGUAUUAACAAAAUGUCACCCAUUAAAGGUUGUAAAAUCUCAGCCCUAGGAAAGACGACGGUCACAAUAUCAAACACUGCAAGCCUAAGCAGCUGUGAAGGCUUCAUUCCAAUGAAGACCAACAUUACCGUGUAUCCAUGUAUUGCUGUUAAUCCCUUUAAGGCACAAGAGAAUCAUGAAGCUGUCUCAGCAGUAUCAUCACCAACAAAAACACCACCUCUCCAAGAGGUGAAAGAAUCCAACAUAAGGAAAGAGAUAAAAUUUGAUGAUCCUUGGCUAAAGAGGGAAGACAGUGUGAAAAAAGAAAGUGGUGGCCCCAAAUCUGAAACUGUACCUGAUCAAAACAGGAAGCAGAGCUCAGCAGACAGGUUUAGUAGCAGUAGUGGUGAGACUUCUAGCUCUCCAGGAACUGAAAACCUGAAGAGGGUUGUAGAUGGAUGUGAAAUGGGACUGCCCAGUUCCACUACCCAUAGCCCAGUUCAUUCUACUGACAUUAAAAAUGGCAGCCUCACAAGAGGGCUCCAGAAGACCAGCAAGCAGGAGGAACUGGAUGCAGUAUCUUAUCAUUAUGCUGAGGAGAACAAUGUCAUUAGCUCUUCUGUUUCAGGCCAUACUUUGAAAGCUAGCCUGGAAAGAAGAGUCGCUUCCCCCAAGCACUGCGUUCUCACACGUCCAAAAGGAACCCCACCAUUGCCUCCUGUAAGAAAAUCUAGCCUUGAUCAGAAAAAUCGGGCCAGCCCUCAGCACAGUGCUUGCAGUAGUGGCACCAGCAGCCCUUCAAACCAACCAGCAUCUUGUCUAGUUAGUUUUUCUGAUGAGCUGACUGGGAAACAGAAGGGUUCAGGUAUAGAGAAUGGCAACAGUAGCAGUAAAUUAUUUAGUGCCAAACUUGAACAGCUGGCUAGCAGAACCAAUUCCCUGGGAAGACCCAGUGGGAGCCAUUAUGAGUGCCUGUCACUGGAAAGGGCAGAGAGUCUGUCUUCUGUCAGCUCCAAGAUGGGUCCUGGGAAGGACACCACAAUGCCAAGAGCUGGGAGGAGUCUGAACCGUAGUCUGAUGUCCUCACCAACAAAUUCAGGCAUUUCUCAGUCUGCAGGUGCUUCACCAAAAGCCAGUCAGUCUAAGAUCUCUGCAGUGAGCAAACUUCUUUUGGCAAGUCCAAAGGCUCGAAGUCUGGCAGCCUCAACCACCAAAACACUUAGUUUUUCGACGAAGUCCCUUCCUCAGUCAGUAGGACAGAGUUCAAGUUUGCCUCCAAACGGAAAGAACAUGUCUUGGUCCACUCAGUCUCUAAGUAGGAAUCGGAACUCUGGCCUUUCUUCAAAGAUGCCCCUCAGAGCUGUUAAUGGUAGGAUUUCAGAACUGCUGCAGGGAAGCACAGGGACCAGAGGACUGCAGUUGCGCAGGAAUUCAGACACUGAUGAGCGUGGUGUGAUUCAUGGAGAUGAAAAGCCACUUGUUCACCUCCUGCCUUCUCCUUACAGCAAGAUAACUCCACCAAGGAAACCUCACCGCUGUAGCAGCGGCCAUGGAAGUGACAACAGCAGUGUUCUGAGUGGGGAACUGCCACCUGCCAUGGGAAAAACAGCCUUGUUCUAUCACAGUGGAGGAAGCAGUGGGUACGAAAGCAUGAUGAGAGAUAGUGAAGCAACAGGAAGUGCUUCCUCAGCACAAGACUCCAUGAGCGAGAACAGCAGCUCUGUCAGCGGGAGAUGCCGAAGUCUCAAAAAUCCAAAGAAGCGUUCAAAUACAGGUUCUCAGAGACGGAGACUCAUUCCAGCUUUGUCACUUGACACAACAUCGCCUGUGAGGAAACCUACCAGCCCAGCAGUACGCUGGGUAGAUGGACCUCUGCGAAGUGCCCAGAGAGGAAUAGGGGAGCCCUUUGAAAUCAAAGUCUAUGAGAUUGAUGAUGUGGAGCGGCUCCAGCGACGACGCAUGGGAGAAAACAAUGAGGUGAUUUGCUUCAACGCCAAACUGAAAAUCUUGGAGCACCGACAGCAGCGAAUUGCAGAGGUCAAGGCCAAGUAUGAAUGGUUAAUGAGGGAGUUGGAAGUGACCAAACAGUACCUGAUGCUGGAUCCUAAUAAGUGGCUCAGUGAAUUUGACCUGGAACAAGUAUUUGACUUGGAUUCACUGGAGUACUUGGAGGCUCUUGAGUGUGUGACUGAACGACUGGAGAACCGUGUCAACUACUGCAAGGCCCACCUCAUGAUGAUCACCUGCUUUGACAUCACUUCCAGGCGCCGGUGAAGAUUUCAGCUCAAUGUUUUGGACUACUGCCAUCCCUGUUCUCCCUUUUGAACAGAACCCCAAAGACACAGAAUGAGGAUGAAGGUUGGUGUCAUGUUUUGACUGUGUGUGUGCGUGCGUGUAAGAAGAGAUUCUCCCCUUUCUGUUAUGAUAAAGAGCAGAUCAUAAACUGAAUAGAUGAUGAAGAAAAGAAAAGACAUGAGAAAUAAGGAUGUGGAUUCUUCUAGCCUGAAAGAGCACUUUGAGAAAUCUUUAAGGAUGUGUUUGUAAAUAGGAACUGCUGGCAGAAGUGACUUUCCCCCAACAGUAACCGAAGAGGGAGAAAGAGCAGAUGUAGGAUCGUCGCUGCUGAGAGCACCAUCAAAGUGAAAAUACACAGAGAAACUGUCUUAAGUGCCUUGCAAAUCUUUAUUAUCCAAACAUUUAUGUUCAUAAUUUCUUGUGUACAGAUGGUGCUAGUCAAGAAAAAGAAAAAGACAAAAAAAUCAAAACACAUUUUUUUUGGAAAUGUAUUUACAGCCUGGUUUUUAUUUUCCUCUUGGUGUUUUAUCCUAAUUCUCACUUGUUGUUUCUACGUAACUUGUGUUUGUAGAGAUGUUUCUUAACUAAUGCAGCAUAUAAAUAAAUGUUAACUGUCUUUCAUUGUUACACAUCAAAGUAAGGCCAUUCAAAGGUGGGGGGGAGGGGGGGGAGAGACUAAAUCUUUUACAUCAACCUCAAAACAUGGGAGGAGGAGAUAUUUCUGGGGUCCAGUUACAGUGGAUUUUCUGGCAACAUGACACAUGCCUGAAUGCUUUUGGUAGUCCCAACAAGAAAAAACCAGUUAAAUCAUUCAACAGUAAUUGUUAUGUUGACUUUGAAAUAAAAAUAACUGUGUCUGCUUGUGGAAGAGAGAGGCAAAAACAGCAUCCAUCCUCCCCUGCCUUUAGGCUGAUCAUGGUCCCUUUCUCCUCUCAAAGAAUUUUGCCACUUCAUUCCCCCAUUGUUGGUCCAUGUGUUCAUUGAAAUAUCAUCUCUGUGUUGUUUAUUAUCUUGUGUAUUACCUGCCAAGGGAAAAACAAAAGUUGGUUCAAUGGCUCUAUUCUAGAUGGGGCUAUUAAUAGGAUUCAAGCCAAAAUGUUACCUUACUGUGGAAAAGUAAGUUAUUUGAAGAAUGUGAUAGGUUGGGAGUCUGAUGCUGAACCCAUGUAUUAUUUAUAAGAAAACUUUUUACAGAUGUCAGAAUGACACAGUGAAACCAUCCCCUAGCUCCUAGUACAAGGCCAAGUGUCAAGUUGUGAGUGUUCCAAAUAUCGGAUCUGUUCUAUCAAGGAGUUGCAGGUAUGCAGCCAUGAACAUAAAAUGGUUCCCGUUCUCUUGUCCUUUCCUACGGUGGACUAUUUGAGAGAAAGAUUGCCUCUGGCAAUCAGCUGUAAGUGGUCCAUUUUGUUUGUGAGAGGUAAUAAAUUUGAGAAUAUUACUCUUAAGUCUUAGUAUAGAAACUCUAUAAUGCUGUAUCUUUAAUAGUCAGAUUUAAAAAAUGGACACAUUGCAGGAAACGGUAACAGUCCUGCACUUUCUAUGGAAAGGCUAUAAAAUUUAUAACUUUUGCAGUGGUAAGUAUAUUUAUGCAAAACAUUUUUUAGCAUAGGUUUAAAAAGAGCAUAACUUAAAAUUCAGGUUUUUGAUGUCAUUUCAAAAUAAAUGCCCUCUUUUGCUAAACCUUUUCAGUCUAUAAUAGAGCUUGACAUAAGGUAUGUAUAUUCUGUUCAGUGUGGAAAUACAUAUAGGAUAUAUAUAAAGACUUGCUUCUGUCUGUCUUAGCCCUCCUGCAAAGCAACACGAAUUGAAUGUUUGCUUCAUUGCUGCCUAAAUUGAAGUGAGUGAGAAACAUCUGCACAUGGUUUGCAUCAGGAAGAGGCAGCAUUGAUUGUGUACCAUCAGGUGCUAUUUUUUUUUUCUGUCCUUGCUAGUCCAUACAGCAGAUGAUAGUGAACCUAUCACCAUGAUUCCUCCCUUUGAAAAAUACCUGCAGCCUGUAUUUUAUACUGGAUUGCCUAAGUGAUAUGGGAUCAUAUGCCCUGAAUCUACAUGACCAUCCUAUUUAAUUGUGCCACAAAUUUUGUUAAAGUUUGGUAGAGAACUUUGGUUUGUACCUUUGACAUUUCUGUGGCAGCUGAUUUUAUUUAUGAAUAGACAUGAGAUAUUUUUACUUCUUUAAAAAAAAUCUCUUUAAGUAUACAGUAUCUGACAAAAGUUGACCAAAGGUAUUUUCAUUUUUCAGAAAUGUUCUCCAGUUGUCUCAAGUAUAAGUUGUAGAGGUAUAUAGAGGGGGAAAGGCCCUGCUUGACAAUAGGCUACACCACUGUUCCCCCCCCCCCAAAAAAAAAAUCCUGUUUGGGGCAGCGGGCCAUAUGAAACCCAACCCACCAAGGCUCCAUGUGGCCCCAGGCCUCACAAUUCCCAUCCCUUGAACUAGGUAGAGAUAGCAGUUCACACACACACAAGAAAAACCUAAAACUGUAAUUGAGCUGCCUUGAAUCCC